CUAUACGUGUACGCCACCAUAUUUUUUUUAAAGUAAAUGAGGUUAUGUUCUGGAUCGGUCAGUACUUCAGCUUGAUACAUAGAAUAUUAAUAUUUUAAUUUUGCUUCUGUUUAUAAAAAUAUGUAAAAAAGAAUUACAAUGGCUGUUAGCAGAUUGUGUGCAGCAUUUCGACAAAUAACAAUAAAGGGAGAAAGUAAUUUCAUCGCGAGAUAUUACUCUUCCCAUAUGUUAAAAGGAUCCAAUAAUACCUUGCAUUUUUCUAAUUUUUCUAAAAAUGCAUUAAUUGUAACUCCUUCAAACGUGCAUAUUAGAUUUAUACCAAAAACACUUGAUAUAGAUUUUAGAAAUCCAGACAGUACUACUAAAAAAAGUAUAUAUGAAAUACCAUUAUCAAGAUAUAUACCAUCAAUGGAAGAACCUUUAAUAAAACAGCCUACUAAACAGGAUUUACCAUUAACAAAUACAUCUUUUGAACUUCCUACAACAGAAAAUAUGUUAGAAAAAUUAGCUGUACGUUUAAUAGUAAUUAGAAGAAAAAAGAUGAAGAAACACAAAAGAAGGAAACUGCGUAAAAGAAUGAAGUUUGUGUGGGCGAAGAUAAGAGUAAAUCGUAAUGCAGCAAAGGAAAAGGUAUUUCAAGCAGAAUUAAUUGCGCAAAUUAAAGAAGCUCACAUGUUCGAUCCUAAAAAAUAUGUUGAAGAAAGACUUGCAAUUUUGGAUAAAGAAAUAUUACCGAGAACAUUUAAAGGUGAAAUAUUGCCUGAAGACAUGAUUAAAAAAUUCAUACAAGAAAAAGUAGAAAAACGAAUGAGAAAACGUAAUAGACCACAUUUAACACUUGAUUAAAUAUAUAUAUUGGACACAUAAUUGUUUAUCACUAUAGAAAUAAAUAAUAUACUUUGAUUCUCUAUGCAGAUAUGCAAAAUAAAUUUUUAAUGUUUAAAAAUUGAAGAGUGUAUUAUUUUUUUGGGGAGACAGAACAGUGUUUGUGACAUUAGGAUCAUAGAGGUAGAAUAUGACUCUAAACUACACAAUAAAUAUAUUAAAAAUGUUUAAUUUAACUUAUAGAAUAGUUUGCAUUGUUGGAACUUGGGUACAUUGUCACACCAUGUUUGUUUACAAAUGUUUCUUAUAUAGCUUGUUAACUGUAUGUUAUCUUCUUGUCACAUAUAUACAAAUAUUAUAAUACUAUAACAAUAAAUAGCACCUUUCGGAUUUUGUGCGCAUAUUAAAACA